UGCCGGCUCAAGAGCACUAUAAAAAGCUCGAGCUGCAUAUAUGAAGCCCUAGAAGUCGAACAGCUCUAUGCAGUUGCCGGAUACGCCCCGAUUAAAUAGUUGCUUUUUCUCUUGUCUGUGUUCAGAGUUGAAUUUAAGUAUGUCGAAAUUGGUGCUCUACGGCAUGGACAUAAGUCCCCCAGUGCGUGCCUGUCUUCUGACCCUGCGUGCGCUCGAUGUGCCCUUUCAAUAUAAAAUCGUUGAUCUGUUGAGUGGCGAGCAUAGAACUGAUGAAUUCAUGCAGAAGAAUCCACAGCACACGGUGCCCCUCUUGGAUGACGACGGUACCUUAAUAUGGGACUCUCAUGCUAUCUGUUGCUACCUGGUGGAUAAGUAUGGAAAAUCUGACGAUCUUUAUCCGAAGGAUCUAGUGAAGAGAGCUAAGCUGGAGCAGCGCUUGUAUUUUGAUGCCAGUGUUCUCUUCAUGUCGUUGAGGAACAUAUGUGCGCCAUAUUUCCAUAAGAAGGUCACGACAGUGCCCCAGGAGAAGAUWGACAACAUUAUCGAUGCUUAUGGUCAUCUGGARACCUUUCUGGGUGACAGUCGUUAUUUGACUGGCGAUACUGUGACUAUUGCCGAUUUCUGCUGUGCCGCUACAGCAUCUUCUUUGCCUGCCAUGGUGAGCAUCGAUCCGGAGAAGUAUCCAAAGAUUACCGCCUGGCUGGACCGUCUCAGUGAGCUUCCAUACUAUAAGGAGGCCAAUGGGAAUGGUGCUGAGGAGUAUAUUGAAAUGCUUAAGGGUGCAUUUACUAUUGUCUAAAAAAAUAUUAAUACUUUUUA